AUGGAUAGACAAGGAGCUGAGGACCCUCCACCACUACCCAGUCGACAUUUGUCGUCUGGUGCGCAACAAUCCACCCUCCCAGCUUAUUGCGAGAUGUUGGGUGACUUUCUCCAGAAAGGCCGUUCCAAACCUCACGAACCUCAAAUAACCGACCUCAACUUUUUGACGACAACGAACCCGACGACAGAGACAAUAUCUCAGAUUCUGGGGCUACUACACAACCUUUGGCUGAUGAUGAAUUGGAGAAUCGUCGCUAUUGAUAAAUAUGUUCUCCGUGUGCUUUAUGUGGUGGAAACGUAUCUCCCAGACAAUUGGCUCCCUGAAAAUGCGAGGCUCCAGCUGCGGAAGCAGGAGGAGAAACAAAGAAGAAGGAAUAAGAAGAUGCAACAAAAGAAACGCCUGAGCACAUUACGUCCUCGACCAUCAACACGCAAUUAA